ACACACGACUUUCUUAACCCACGAACCGGACACAUAAAGGACUGAAAAUAGAGCCGUUCUAUCUCUCUCUCUCUCUCUCACUCACAUACACACACCCUCUCUCUCUAGAGGCUCUGGUUACUUCUAUCUCUUUCUGAUAAUGUAAAUCACAGAAAAGCUAGACAAAGAUUGGCUCUAAAUCUCUAACACAGGAAUUCAAAAGUUUCCAAAAUGGCAUUUCAUAGCUUUUUAUCAGUGUUCCUUAUCCACAUUACCUUAUUUGUGAGCUUGUGUUUUGCUGGGGAUCCAUUUGUGACCUAUGAUUUUGAAGUCUCUUACAUUACUGCCUCGCCUCUGGGUGUACCCCAACAGGUUAUCGCUAUUAAUGACAAAUUUCCAGGUCCUAAUAUUAAUGUGACUACUAACAACAAUGUCGUUGUCAAUGUUCGAAACAAAUUGGACGAGGGUCUCCUCAUUACUUGGUCCGGGAUUCAACAGCGGCGCAGUUCAUGGCAAGAUGGAGUCCUGGGUACGAAUUGUCCUAUUCCUUCAAAGUGGAACUGGACUUAUCAAUUUCAGGUUAAGGACCAGAUUGGGAGCUUCUUCUAUUUUCCAUCUCUCAACUUCCAGAGAGCGUCCGGAGGGUAUGGCGGCUUUGUUAUCAAUAACCGGGACAUAAUUCCUAUUCCUUUUGCAACCCCAGACGGGGAUAUAACCAUUAUAAUUGGUGAUUGGUACACCCGGAACCAUACGGCUUUGAGGAAGGCUCUUGAUGCAGGGAAAGAUCUUGGAAUGCCAGAUGGAGUUCUUAUUAAUGGGAAAGGCCCUUACAGAUAUAACGAUACACUUGUCCCAGAUGGCAUUGAUUAUGCAACAUUUGAAGUCCAGCCAGGGAAAACUUACCGACUUCGUGUACACAAUGUUGGAGUGUCAACUAGUCUCAAUUUCAGGAUCCAGAACCAUAAUCUGCUUCUAGCUGAGACAGAGGGAUCAUAUACGGUCCAACAAAAUUAUACUAGCUUAGAUAUACACGUUGGACAAUCUUAUUCCUUUUUGGUAACUAUGGAUCAGAAUGCGAGUACAGAUUACUACAUUGUAGCAAGUGCUAGGUUUGUGAAUGAAUCACUCUGGAAAAGAGUUACUGGUGUUGCCAUCUUGCAUUACACCAAUUCCAAAGGAAAGGCUAAAGGUCCCCUCCCAGACCCACCAAAUGAUGAAUAUGACAAGACUUUCUCUAUGAACCAAGCAAGAUCCAUCAGAUGGAAUGUGUCUGCUAGUGGUGCUCGCCCUAAUCCACAGGGUUCUUUUAGAUAUGGGUCAAUCAAUGUGACUGAUAUUUAUGUGUUGAAAAACAAGCCACCUGUGACAAUUAGUGGGAAACGACGGACAACGCUAAGUGGAAUCUCAUUUGUCAAUCCUUCUACACCAAUCAGGCUUGCUGACCAGUUCAAAGUGAAGGGAGUGUACAAGCUUGAUUUCCCCACUAGGCCACUAACAGGAGCACCUCGGAUGGAAACAUCAGUUAUUAAUGGAACAUAUAGAGGAUUUAUGGAAAUCAUACUACAGAACAAUGACACCAAGGUGCAGAGCUAUCACAUGAAUGGAUAUGCAUUUUUUGUUGUGGGGAUGGAUUAUGGUGAAUGGACAGAGAAUAGCAGGGGCACAUAUAACAAGUGGGAUGGAAUUGCCCGGGCCACAACACAGGUAUAUCCUGGAGCAUGGACAUCAAUCUUGAUAUCACUCGACAAUGUUGGAGUCUGGAACCUCAGGGCAGAAAACCUUGACUCUUGGUAUCUUGGCCAAGAAACAUAUGUCAGGGUUGUCAAUCCGGAGGACACUAACAAAACUGAGUUGCCCAUUCCAGACAAUGCCCUCUUUUGUGGUGCCCUUGGCAAAAUGCAGAAGCCACAAGAUAUAUCUUCGGCGAUUUCAAUCGUUGGAAACAGAUCAAAGCUGUUCUCAACCCUGCUGAUGGUCGUUUGUGCUGUAAUUUCCAUCCUCCGCUAAGUGUUUUCCUUUGUGGUGCCCCCCUCUUGUGUUGGUUUCUCUUAGUGAGGGUUGUGGUUGAGUGAGUGUUUAGUUUAGUUCUGUAAAAUUAGUCUUGUUGAUACGAAUCAUUUGUGAUUUUGACCUGCUUUUUUCUUUUUCAUAUUGUUCUAAAUCUUCCCCGGCUUCCUCUAGUUUAUUGGGACCUUUCAUUCUUUUAAUAUCUAUAAUUUAUGUUGAUGACAAUUCAUCAAUUUGCAAUACAAUUUGACCUCCCACGUA